UGUAGUUUUGUACGAAGCAAUUUCUUCAGUAAAACAAGAAUUUAAAAGCUGAAAAUGAGUGUUCAUGAAGAAAGUGAGAGCGGCGAUGAAUUUAUGUGCACUCCGCCUGAGGUUGCUGCAAUGGCGGAAUCAAUUAUGCCUGAGCUUUUGCCUGAAAAAUCGAGAAAUCGGUACGAAAAAGAACGAGAGAGGUUUUUUAAUUGGUGUAAAAUGAAACAAGUCAAGCGGUAUACAGAAACCGUGUUGCUUGCCUAUUUUGUCGAAAAAUCUGGAAAAUUGAAAUCAUCGACACUGUGGUCAAUGUAUUCCAUGUUGAAAAGUAUGUUGAUUUUGCAAGACAACGUCGACAUUUCCAAGUAUGCCAAGUUACAAUCGUUUUUGAAACGUAAAUCUGUUGGUCACAAGCCGAAAAAAUCGCUGACUUUUACGAGGCAACAAAUCAGUACGUUUUUAGAGGAAGCACCCGAUGAAACAUUUUUAAUGAUGAAAGUUGCUCUAAUAUUAGGAGUUGCUGGGGCUUGUCGUCGAGAGGAGUUGACGAAAAUGACGGUGAACGAUAUCCAAGGCGAAGAUACGUUUUUACUCGUAACGAUUCCAGACUCCAAAACGCAUGUUCCAAGAACUUUUUCUGUUACGGAGGAAAAAGAGAAUUGGAUACACUUGUACCAGAAAUAUAAAGCGCUUCGUCCUCAAAAUGCUCAAACUUCGCGACUUUUUUUAAAUUAUAAAAUGGGAAAAUGUACCGUACAACCUGUGGGUAUUAAUACAUUUGGAGCAAUUCCUAAGAAAAUUGCGAGUUACCUGAAAUUGCCAAAUGCUUCUAGUUUUACGGGUCAUUGUUUUCGGCGUACCUCCGCAACGCUACUUGCUAAUGCUGGAGCAGACCUUUUGAGUCUUAAACGUCAUGGGGGCUGGCGGUCGUCGACGGUAGCGGAAGGAUACGUAGAUGGUUCUCUUCAAGGCAAAUUAGAAGUAUGUAACAAAAUAAUUGGUAAUGCUUGUCAAUCAAAUGAUCCUUGCACACCUUCGACAUGUCAACCAGAUGAUCCUUGCAAGUUGCACAUCUUCGACAGCGUCCACAUCUACAUUAAUAACUUCUAA